UUUAUGCGUGUGGUGGCAGCAGAAGGCGGUGGGCUGAAGCUGAGAAGACAGAAGAGAGAAUGGAUCAUUCCUCCUACGAGGUUGAAGGAGAAUGUAGAUUACACCAGCCGAGAGUACAUUGCAAAGGUAUGAUCUGAACCUAUAUGUCUUACUCUAACUCAUGGAGUGAUUCAGAUGUUUCUGACAACCAUGAGACAUGAAAAAGUCUGAGCAUGACAUAGCUAUUUAGGCUACACAUCGGAUAAGUCAGUUAUCUGUCUAUAAUUAUUCAUGCAUAAUAAGAGCCAUGAAGCUACAGGGCUUUAGCGUUUAGUCAAAAUUAGCACUUUGAAAGGUUGUUGAUGUCUGUACCUUGAAUCAAAGAAAUGCUGAAUGUUGUCUUGCUUUUUACUGAUCAGGUUGGUUGCAUACAGUAAAUCUGUGUCAGCCACAUGUUGUGCUCUAAUGUGAAAAAAUGCCUGUGUAAUCGUUAUGUUUGUGAUUUAUGUGUUAGGAGCAGGCUGCUCAGAGAUACAGCCCAAUGUGCGGUCACACGUACAGUCACUGAGGAAUGGUUUAGUCUAAAAACAAAACAACAACAAGUCUUUCAACAACACAUUCUGUUGUACACCUGUAUCUCUUUUCUACAACUCAAACAUAGCAUUCAUCUAUUAAUAGUUUCAUAUCUACAGUAUACCUUGAUAUGAAAGCAUGUGUUCAGCUACUUCUUCAGAUGACAUUUGACAUUUAGGCUAUGCUAAAAAAAUGUACCUAGCUAUUCACCGAUGCUUACUAUUAUUAUGUCAAUACUAUUUCAAUAAUAAUAGUAUUUUACUAUCAAGGCUGAUUGGUAUGUGUGUUUGUGACAGAUUCGCUCUGAUAAGCAGUACACGUCAAAGGUGACGUACUCACUGACUGGGAUUGGUGCAGACCAAAACCCCAGUCACCUAUUCACUGUCAACAAAGAGAAAGGCCUGGUCAGAAUCAAUGGCAUUCUGGACAGAGAGAAGACCGCUUCCUACCACGUAAGCUACCCACUAAAACCUAAUCCAAGGAAUGGAAUGCUUGUGCUCAAAAUGUAAGAAAUGAAUGAAUGUCUAAUGUUUUAACAUGGCCUCUCUUUUAGUUACUUGGAGUAGCGAGAUACGACAAUGGAAGCAAAGCAGAGAACGACAUUGACCUGCGUAUUUUUGUUGAGGACCAGAAUGACUGCCAACCAGUGUUCGUUUUUGGCCAAUCAGGAUCCGUUAAUGAGUCCAGUGCUGCAGGCAUGUUCCAAUUAUUUUAAAUGUUUCUAUCAAACUUCAUGAUAAUUAGCAACCAAGCAACCAGAGUAGUGGUAAUGGUUGAAUUUGUCACUGUAGUAGCUGUUGUAGUAGUAGUGCUAGUACCAGUGGAAUAAGUAGAAUAGUGACAGUAGUGAUACAGUAGUAGUAGUCGUCGUCGUCGUCGUUGUAAUACAGAUGUUGGAUCUUAAUUUGAUCACUCUUGUUGCUGAGAAUUUUACCUUCACAGCAGGAAAUUCAAACGUUUAGUGUAUUUGAGUUUUAAAAAGGCUUCUGAAGUUUGUAAUUUCCACUUUGACAUUUCAGACUCAAUUUGACCUAAUUAAAAAUGUAUCAACCCCUACAAAAAUGUGCAAUAAUUAUAAUCCACAUAAUAAUUCACAUUUCCUGUUGCUGCAGGAUUAUUUUCCUGCUGUAGCAAACUGGCUCAAAUAAGAUCAUACAUCUGUAGUAGUAGUAGUAGUAGUUAUAGUAGUUCUAGUAGUAGUGGCAGUGGUAAUGGUAAUAGUAGUAGUAGUAGUAGUAGUAGUAGUAGUAGUAGUAGUAGUAGUAGUAGUAUUGGUGUACUGCACAAGUAACUUCCCAUUGGCCAAUUCCAGAAACCGUUGUCAUGAAAGUGAUAGCCACAGAUGCGGAUGAAGUGAACACACUACACUCUAAGAUUUACUACAGCAUAGUGCAGAAGAGUUCUUCAGAUAGUAUGUUCGCCAUCAACUACGAGACUGGAGAGAUUAUGGUUCGCCAGACUACGCUGGACAGAGAGGUGAGAGAAAUGCCUUGGUAUACUAUUAUACAGUAUACUGUGCAUCUAUGUGACCACAGCACUGUAUGCAUUAACACUUUCAGAGCCAAUAAUGUUGAUGUCUACAACAAUGAGUAAUUAACUGUAAGCUCUAUUAUAUUUAUUGGUUGUCUAGACACAAGACACCUACAUCCUGACUGUAAAAGGCUCAGACAUGAACGGAGAAAUGGGAGGAAACUCAGGAACAGGACAGGUGGUGAUUAAAAUCCUGGACAUCAACGACAACAUCCCCACCCUGGAGAAAGAAUCUGUAAGAAUCAAACCUUUCACUACUUUUCAAUUCUCUAUUCAGUUUAAUAGUGUUUUUAUCUUUAUUAUAUUGUAGCAACCUUAACCCAACACCUAGCAGCCUUGUCGAGAGGUUCAGAUCUCUUGGCACAAUGGCUAACGUGUUGGCUUGACAGUUGCUGGACACCCCAAAUUCACUGCAAUAUGUUGGGAUAUAGGAUGUUUAUGAUGUGUGUAUUUGUGUUUGCAGUACGAGGGCAGUGUGGAGGAGAACACGGUCAAUGUGGAGGUGCUGAGGAUCAAAGCCAUUGAUAUGGAUUUGAAGUACACUGAGAACUGGCUGGCUGUGUUCACCAUCGUCACAGGCAACGAAGCUGGCUACUUCACCAUCACUACUGACUCCAAGACCAACGAAGGCAUUAUUAUGAUCACCAAGGUACGGGCUAUGAUUGGAGAUCGACUCAGGCUGGAAUUUAAUCGAUAGCAUAUAGAACAUUUUAUUUUACAUUUAAUUCCAGCCUCAGUGUCUUGUAACUACUAGUCUUCUCAAUUCUCAUAAUAUUCCAACAUUGUUUGUAUCACUUGACUCAUUCUGCUGUUUAUCCCUGCUGUUUGAAUCUAAAGGCACUGGACUACGAGGAGCUGAAAGUGCUCAACCUUGCCAUAAGUGUUUCCAACAAAGCAGUGUACUACUUUGGCUCCUCCUCUACGAGUGGAGGGAUAGGAGGAGGAGGGGUUAUAGGCGGGGGUAUCACGGGCGGUGGUAAGACCUACCCCAUCAAGAUCAAUGUGGUCAACCAGAAAGAGGGCCCCAAAUUCCAGCCAAUGGUUAAAGUGGUGACCAUCUCUGAGGACUCCACCACAGUCACCAUUAACAAGGUCAUCACCACCUACGCAGCCAUCGACAGUGACACACUACUGACCGCUACCAAUGUUAGGUGAGGUCCCAGAUGUUUUCAUAUUGUUUGUUCGGAGUGAAGAUUAUGUGAUGUGAUUUUAUGUUAUGUUAAUCUCCAUCUUACUAAAGGAUAAUUUAGUUUAUCCUAAUUGUGUGCUCUUGUCAUUAUCAUUUUCUCAGGUAUGCCAAAAUAUACGACAUAGACAACUGGCUGAUCAUCGAUGAAAAGACAGCAGAGAUCAAGCUGAACAAAGUGCCUGAUCGGGAGUCCAAAUACCUGGUCAAUGGAACAUACUACGCCAAGAUAAUAGCCAUCACAACCGGCAAGUACCCAUACUAA